AGAGGUUCGGUAAUGUCCCUAAUGAGGGGUUAAUGAGAGGAGUGGAGUUUUGAAAGGUUGCUGGUGCUGAGUUAUAGAAUUAGAAUUCCAUGUCUAUGGUUGUAGCUACCACGGCAAUUUGUUACUUCAAAAACGUUCGAGGUCUUUAUAAUCCAUUAGGACACAUUUUAUAUCAGCAACAUUUUAUACACUGCCUGUGGGGCAUAUUCUGGCCCUGUCCAUGGAGCUGAAAUGUUACCAAAGCAACGCUUUGACUGCGAAAGAACAUGGAUAGACGGGAAGAAUAACAGGUCGUAGCUUCAUUGAUGCCAGAACAAACAUACAUAAUCAAAGUUAGCUUUUGCGAAAUAGGCCUAACAAAUUGUGCCAGGAAAAGUAGUUCUCCCUUGGGUGGAGGGGGAAAUGCAAGGGGCGAUAUAAUAGCUGAGAUGCAAUGAGACAUGUAUAUGUGGACAAUCAACGUUUUCCAGCCAGCUUUUAAUUAUGGAUACUACACUGAUAGGCCAUAUGCUCGUAAAUAAUUGGAUAAAUGACCAUAUGCGUCUCCUUUGGGUGGGUCAGUGCUACAUUUAGUUGUAAUGCUUUGUAAAUGUUAUGCACACAUAAAUACCUUAGUCGGACAAAAUGUUUAAUAAUAAUGUAGUAAAUAAUUAUAACUUUUUUAAAUGAAAUGGGUUAUGACGCUAAAGUCACCCACAGGUACUUGUCUUGAAUGUCACAUGAUGGAAGCUUCGUCGUGGGUUUGAUGUUUGAUUGAAGAGCUGUGUCGUAUUCAGCUCACUCGAAUCCAGAACGUUGAUGAAGAAAAGUCUAUGGGUGCCAAUCUCUGAACCGUAGUUUUAUCCAAAAGAGGGACAUUAUUUUUGGUCUGCAUUUCGCAAAAGCUAACUUUGAUUUUGUUUAAUCAGUGAAGCUUCAUAGGCUAACCGUAUCCCAAAGGCUGCCGCUGCCCAACUGCUGGCGCCAGGCUGAAGUGGAGUGCGCAACGAGUAUUGUCCUGUUGUGGGGCACUAAGUGCGCGACACAUCCACUGCUUCUCCGCGAGUCUGUAGACAAGUGUAGAGCGACACGAGAGGAACAGUAUUGUAAGAAAAAUAGCGCUUUCCUCGACGAGACUUUUGUGAAGCUCCUCUUUCUGCCGGCGGCGCCCCCUGCAGCUGUGGAUGUGGAAUGACCCUGUGUGGCAGGAAGGUGUUGACAGUGCUAAGCAGCGUGUUCGCUGUGUGCGCCCUGGGCCUGCUGGGCAUCGCUGUCAGUACUGACUACUGGCUCUAUCUGGAGGAGGGCGUCAUCCUGCCCCUCAAUCAGAGCACUGAGUUACGCAUGUCCCUGCACUCGGGCCUCUGGAGGGUCUGCUUCACAGCUGGAGAUGAGAAGGGCCGUUGUUUCACCAUUGAGUAUGUGAUGCCCACCAACGUGCAGCUGACUUCGGAGUCUACAGUUAGUGUGCUGAAGAUGAUCCGUUCAGCCACUCCCUUCCCCCUGGUUAGUCUCUUCUUCUUGUUCAUCGGUUUUGUCCUGAGCAACAUCGGACAUAUCCGGCCCCACCGCACCAUCCUGGCCUUCAUCUCCGGAAUCUUCUUCAUCCUCUCAGGUCUGUCUCUGGUGGUGGGCCUGGUGUUGUACAUCUCCAGUAUUAAUGAUGAGAUGUUGAACAGGACCAAGACCAACGAGGCCUACUUCAGUUACCAGUAUGGCUGGUCCUUCGCUUUCGCUGCCAUCUCCUUCCUGCUCACUGAGACGGCCGGCGUCAUGUCCGUCUACCUGUUCAUGAAGCGCUACACGGCCGAGGAGAUGUACAGACCCCACCCGGGCUUAUACGGGCCGCGCCACAGCAACUGCUCUGACUACUCUGGUCAGUUCCUCCACCCGGACACCUGGGACCAGCACGGCCGCAGCCCCUCCAGCAUCUCCAGCGAAGCCUCGCUCCAGAUGAACCACUCCCUCCACUCCAACUACCCAGCGCUCCUCAAGUGUCCCGAGUAUGACCGCAUGUCCUCCUCCCCAUGCUGAGGCCUGCGUGAAGCCCUGGAGCCUGGGCAGUGGGUUGUACACACAUCCCCAGGAAGGGAGAGUCUGGCUGAGGUGGUAGACUAGGUUGGUCGGUCUGGAGGAGGGCGAUUGGGCGGGCUGAUGGGGAGGCGCCUAGGCUGUGUUUUGUGAGAGAGGGGGGGCGUAUCUUUUUCCAUGUGUGUGACGACCUCUUUUGAAGUCCUCUUGUAGUGCAGUUUUCUGAAUUUUGACACAUUUGGGAGAUGGCGACCCCCACAGCCGACCUUCCAUGUCUGGUUUUACUCAAAGUACAGUAGAAGUAGUGAUUCUCAAUCAGACCUGGUUCACCUUCACCGUACAGUACGUUCUCCAUCUUGGUCAAUAUAGAAGCCGAUGUCUCCCCGGUAACCCACGUAGGUCUUCUGUCAACUGUAUAACUUGUAAGAUAAUAUACUAUAAGUGGGUAGAUUGAAAGUGAAAAGUUUCUCUCUUUAUUAUCUAUUUAUUUUGACUGUGGGUUUAAUCGUCCCGUCAGAGAGCAGGAUGUUCAUUACACGUCAUUUAUCAAUUUUUUUUUUUUUUUUUUUCAUGUCCAUCUCACGCUCAGCACUGUUGUACUGUUAAUAAAGACAGAGAUAAUGUUUGUAUAUGUUUGAAUGGAAAGAAACCAGGAAGCUAUUACUACAUCCAUGGAGUCCAAAUGGAGUCCCUGCAGAAUUACAGUAUGUACAUAAUGCAGUGGAAAGGGAGGGGUGUAAAGGGAUGAUAAAGGGAGAGAGAAAAGAGAAUAGUGUGUGUAAAGCCCCAGAACAUGGUUUGAUGGUCAUUGUGACCAUCAGAUAUGGAGAGCCAGUUUGAAUGUAAUAUAGCUGAUGAAGAAUGCAAAGUUGAUAUAAGCUAAUCCUGAUUUUGCUGUUAAUAGUGCACCAGGCACAUAUACACUACCGGUCAAAAGGGUUUUUAUUUUGUUUUUACUAUUUUCUACAUUGUAGAAUCACAGUGAAGACAUCAAAACUAUGAAAUAUCAUAUACAGUAUGUAAUCAUGUAGUAACC